AUGGAGGCCUGUACCUUCGUCAGUCCUCAAUUACACCUAUUUGAGUUUGGCAACGAAUUCAACUUCGCUGCGGGAAAAUAUCGCGCUGCCAAUCCCCCGCUUCUUGACUAUGCCGAUGAGUGGACCUUUCAAUCAGCGAUCGUCAGGGCUGCUGUUCGAAAAGCUUGCCCGGAACCUUUCCCUGGGCUUAUGGCGCCUAGCCUUGUUUUGCUUGACUUUAGUUCCAAUACUACCUGGGCAGCUGAAUACCUCUACAAUCUUGGUUAUGAUAAACAUAACUUGACUAGAGAGCUUUGCUUCCAUAAGUUGGUCCAUCCUCUUUCUGUCCUAUUUUGCCUGACUGACUUUGAAAUUAAUAGUCAUAUGGGCGUCAAUUCACCGCCGCUUCCCCCUGCAGACUUCGAUCUUCAACGGUCCCUAAUGAACCACACGAACAUCAUGCGAAAUCCCCAGCAACAACUCCAGCGGUCUGAGAGCCUUGCGUACUUUGAUCUUCCCUACACUCUCGGCGAGCUCAAUUCAGUUGCGAACCAAGGAAGAAACGGAGAAACGGAUGUUCUAGGCGAUGCUUUGUAG